AUGCCCAUCGAACAACUUACUUUCGAUCCCGAUGGGGACCCCGUCCUGCGCUUUGUGUACCCGCUGGCAAAAAGAGAAUACAGUCAGUACCCGGGACGAAGAAUACUGAUGAUGCCUCAAACUCCUUCAGCCCUCGUCCAGUCUCCGAAUCCGCAUGGCGGUGCUGGUGAAGGUGCAGUUGAGCCGCAGAAAGAAGUGGAUAUGCUCGUCUCCUCUAAGCGCCUGAGCCUAGCAUCGCCGGUUCUCAAGGCUAUGUUGCAGGGCAGUUUUCGAGAGAGCUACCGGUACCAGAUUCUCCGCAGUACCGGUACUGGAAGAGUUGAAGUGCGCGCUCCCUGGAGAUAA